AUGGAAAAGCAAAUGGCUAAGAUUUACACACGCAAGAUUUUUCUUAAGUUUCAAGAUGAGUUGUGGCAAAGCUUAGUAACAAUGCCACAACUUGUGCAUGAAAAUGAUACACAUAAAGUGUAUAUGGUCGAGAGCGGUCCUCAUGAAAAUGGUCAUAGAGCUCGGGAAAUUGCUUAUGACAAAGGUUCGAACUAUGCAUCUUGCAGUUGUAAGAAGUUUGAGAGUCAAGGAAUACCAUGUAAGCAUAUUUUGGCAUUUUUGCGACUCUUUGGUAAUAUUCCCUUGCCAAAUAACUUGCUGCAGAAGUCAUUGAUAAAGCCAACAGAUGAGGAGUCAAGUGCAAUUGUGAGUGAUAGUCUGAAAGGUUUGCUUGAGAAGCUUAACUCUGCAGGUGGCAGCAAGAAGAGUGGAGGGAUGUCUGCAAAACAUAGUAAUGUUUGUGACACAAGUUUGAAAGAUCCAUCUCAAGUGAGGGCAAAGGGAUGUGGACGAAGAUUAAAAAGGGGGAAAGAGAUAGCAAUUAAAACCGCAAAGUAUAGAGGUCGACGUUGCAAUGGAUAUGAAAAAAUUGGAGAAUCACAUGACAAAAGAAAUUAUCCAAUCCUCAACAGUCAGUAA